GGAGGCCGAUUCCAGCGACCAGUUCAAUUUCAUCCAGAAGCUUACGUAGCAAGUUCCUGUGACUUCAUUUGUAGCGGGGAAUCCAUUUGUCAACAUUCUUUAAACAGUAUACGUUUAUUAUUCCAAGCUAUUUCCAAGAUGAGAUUAAUUCAUAUAACCAUCUUUCUGGCUACAACAAUUUGUUGUAUUGCGGGUAAGGAGGCUGUUGCAGCACCACAAGACAAGGAAAUUAAGGGUCAGCAGACAACGGAUACAACCAAUACUGUUCCUAAAAUUUAUCCUAACACUGAAGCUUCUAACAUUACUGCUAAUAUUAAUAAAACUAACAGCAAUAUCACUGCUCCUGCUGCUAAGAAUAUUACAGAAGAUCCUGCUCCUGCUAUCAUUGAAACUACACCUAACACUGCUAUUCCUAAUAACAUUACCACUGAUUCAGCUCCGUCUGUUUCUUCCUUACCACCAACUAAAAUUGUGCCAACAAUAACUACAACAAACACUACAAAAAUAAUACCUCCAGUAACAACUAACAUGCCUGUACCCACGGUUACUGACAGUCCAUCAACAGUUCCACCUCCACCUGCAACAACAGCAGUUCCAGCGUCAACAAAACAAGCUCCUCCAUCACCAUCCAAGGAAAGACACUUUGAUGGGCUCAGUUUCUUAGGAGGAAUUAUUUUGGCUACAUCUUUGAUGGCUAUUGGCGCACUUUCAUGGAAAUUCUAUAGGACAUUCAACGAACGGAACUAUCGCACUCUAUGAUGCCGCGGAAGUCAUCGCUAAAAGAAUUCCAUUUUCAAGUAAACGCAAUCAAUCGAACUGAAAACUAUGAAUUUCACCGUUCCAGUAUUGCGUAUUUUUAUAACGCACUUAAGUGGCGCGAGAUUUAAGUGCUCUUAGUAAUGUGAUGUGUAAACGCGCGGUUUUCUUUGUACUAAAAUAAGAAAAAGCAAAAAAGAUUACGGGCUAUAAUAUUGUUUUCUCUGGACGCGCAUCGGGAAGGACGUACGUGCACAUGCGCAAGAGUUGACCAAUCAAAUCCGCAUUCCAAGGAGAUCAAUUCUACGGAAUAACGAUCAAUGUAUUAUUUUGUUUUUAAAUAAUUGUAUAGCAGCGAGUAUGGAGGCUUUUUUAGGGAAAAUGGCGGUGUAGGGAGGAGGAGUUACUAAAAUUAUUUUUAAAAAAUCAAUAAAACUUUGAAUUAUUAAAUAUUAUAAAAUUUAGCGUUUAAAUUUCAAAAUUUUGAAAUUCAGUUUUCCAAGAUUUCAGAAUCUCAAAACUCCAAUUCCAAAAUUUUUAAAUACAAAAUUCCAAUAAAUAUUUAAUGAAAUUUUCCCUGCUAAACCUUGACUCACUACUGGACACGCAUUGGUGCCUUUUCCCCUCAGAUCGCAAUCUUUCCCUAGGAAAACCUCCCAUUCUCGGAACUGUACCUAAAGGUUCCUAACCAAAAUACGACUCAGAUGGUAUAAACAAAGGUAUAACUUUUCGGGAAUCAGGUCUGUAGAAUUGUUCUUCGAAAUGAUCCUUACCCUUCAGAUAAUAUUUGUUUAAAAAUUUUGGACGAUGUUUUCUAGCACUUGAAGGAAGAAACCGACGUUCGUACGAGUAAAAUACAGAAGCUCCACCAUAAGAUUUUAUUAAAUAAUAUUUUUGCGAAAUCUUUGUGCGUUUCCAAAAAGAAAUGAAAUUUUUUAAUUUUGAUCUUCGCACCUGUUGAAGAAACAUGACAAUUUUAUUUUAUUUUUUUCGCUUAAAGAAUUUUCUUUUUACCAGCGUUACUAUAGAUGCAUCAUAAUCACGGUCGAUGAUACUGAUUCCUAAAACUCCCUCGACAUUUUUUAAUUCACUGAUACAUUCUCCCAUGGGACGAUGGUUUUCUCCCAUCAGCUUUCCUGUAACAUUGUAUGUACAGUCGAGGUGACUUGAAGGAUCGCGUACCUAACUUUGGAAACAUAUAAUUAUAAGAAAGAUAUAUAUUAUUAAAUACGGCCUAAAAUAAUAUAAUAUUAUUUACGUUUAACAAGCUAUGUAAAAUAAUUGCUUAUAUCAAUUAUACAUGAUUAAUACUA